CAGAGGGUGUUCCCGCUGGAAGUUGUGCAGGCGCUGAGGGGGAUCACGACGGAUUGCGAGACGGAGGCGGAGAGGCUCGAGAGAGCGUUUAGGAGUCGACCGGGGGUGUAUUUUAGGUUUAAUGUUGCGCAGGACUUGCAGGGUGUGGAGUUGUCGGAGUGGGAUCGGUUGGGUGCGGUGCGUUCGCAUACGGAGCAGUAUUUAGCUACGAUGGUGGUGGACCAGAAAUUGGAAGGAGCGGUUAAUGUCCUUCGAGGGGGGAGGGUUUUGUAG